AUGCAGGCACGUCGCGCUCUUUGUAGGGUCGCCACUACCCAGAGGACUGCGGCCUACAGAUCCAACUUCAAUGCUGCAACACCGCCGAGGACCACCAUUCUAAACAAUUCGCCUCGCAUACAGCUCAUCCGUCAGAAGAUUCCCGCAGGAUUUCGUGGUCUUGCGUCCACAUCUGGCACCAAUGACUUCCUCAAUCAGCACAACAUUGCCGUCAAUGACCUCUCCACACGGGUUGCACAGUUUCACUCCAACAAACAAAAGUUUCGCAUUUCUCAUGGAUCAACCAACAGCACCCGUCAGACAUCAAAAGGCCCCCAUGUACUCGACGUGAGUGCGUUGAACAAGGUGUUGAAAGUUGAUGUCGACCGAAAGAUCGCAUAUGUUGAGCCCAAUGUGCCAAUGGACAGACUCGUUGAAGCCACAUUGCCAUAUGGUCUGGUCCCGCCGGUAGUCAUGGAGUUCCCCGGUAUUACAGCUGGAGGCGGUUAUGCGGGUACUGCAGGCGAAAGCUCGAGUUUCAAACAUGGCUUCUUUAACCACACCAUUGAGUCGGUCGAGAUGAUUCUCGCGACGGGUGAAGUGGUCAAGUGCUCUCCAACCGAGAGACCUGAUCUCUUUUAUGGAGCGGCCGGUGCGGUGGGUAGCUUUGGUGUCACUACACUAAUUGAGCUCCGUCUUGAACCUGCANAAAAGUUUGUCGAGACGACAUACCAUCCCGUCACCAACAUGCAGGAUGCGAUCGCGACUCUAGAGAAGGCUACAGCAGACCACAGUCUUGACUAUGUUGAUGGCAUCAUGUUUUCCAAGACUCAGGGAGCUGUUGUGACCGGACGCAUGACCGAUACGCCUUCGUCGAACCUUCCCGUACAGACUUUCAGCUCUGCAUGGGACCCUUGGUUCUAUCAGCAUGUCCAAGGUCAGGUCUCCAAAUCAGGAAAAGAACCCGUCAUCGAGGCGGUGCCACUUCCCGAAUACCUCUUCCGUUAUGAUCGCGGCGGCUUCUGGGUCGGCGACAUGGCAUUCAAGUACUUCAACUUCCCUUACAACAGAUUCACCCGUUGGUUUCUGGACGAUUUCACACAUACACGAAUGAUGUAUACAGCUCUGCAUGCAUCUGGCGAAUCCAAGCGUUGUAUCAUCCAAGAUCUUGCUCUUCCCUACUCUACGGCUGAGAAAUUCGUCGAUUAUACAUCAUCUGAACUCGAUAUUUUCCCUCUUUGGUUGUGCCCAUUGAAGAGAACGCAACAACCUACCAUGCAUCCCUACACUAGAGAAGACAAGGAACUGAUGCUAAACAUCGGCGUCUGGGGCUUCGGACCCAACAACCGCGCUGAAUUCGUCAAGGCGAAUCGAAACCUGGAAACAAAGUUGCGCGAGUUGGGUGGCAUGAAGUGGCUCUACGCACAGACGUAUUACACCGAGUCCGAGUUCUGGGAGCAGUUCGAUCGUAAAUGGUAUGAUGAGCUGAGGGAAAAGUACGGUGCUACCAAUUUGCCAAGUGUCUAUGACAAGGUAAAGGCACCGCCGGAGAAGGCAGCUGCUCCUGAGAAGUUCCUCGAGAAAUGGCCUUGGGCUGGUUUCUUUGGCAUCUGGAAGGCUAUCCAGUCCAAGACCUAUAUCCAGGCUAGAAGCGCAGCUUGGAGGCAGUGA